AUGCGUCGAGCUUUGGCCGUAGCUGCCAUCGCAGCGUCCGCCAAUGCAGCGUCCCUUGCGGAUGUUUGCACAGUGUCUAAUGUGCAGGCUGCUUUACCUGCCAAUGGCACCUUGCUCGGCAUCAACUUGAUCCCAUCGGCUUCAACCGCGAGCCCUGUCUACAAUGCCACCGCUGGAGGAGGAAUGGGUUCUACGAGCACUACCACUAGUGCUGAAACAUUCAAUUACUGUAAUGUGACAGUUACCUAUACGCACCCUGGCAAGGGUGAUACUGUGGUGGUCAAGUAUGCUUUCCCUAGUCCAGGUGAUUUCAAGAACCGAUUCUAUGUCGCAGGUGGUGGUGGUUACUCCCUCUCCAGCGAUGCAACUGGUGGUCUUGAAUACGGUGCUGUUGGAGGUGCCACCUCAGCAGGUUACGAUGCCUUCGACUACAGUUACGACGAAGUGGUUCUGCUUGGCAAUGGCUCCAUCAACUGGGACGCCACGUACAUGUUCGGAUAUCAGGCAUUGGGCGAGAUGACGAUUCUAGGAAAAGCCCUCACGAAGAACUUCUACGGGCUGUCUAGCAACACCAAGGUCUACACUUACUACGAGGGAUGCUCCGACGGUGGGCGAGAAGGUAUGAGCCAAGUUCAGCGCUGGGGUGAGGAAUACGACGGUGUUAUCACAGGUGCUCCAGCCUUCCGUCUAGCCCAGCAACAGGUUCUCCAUAUCUUUUCAUCUGCUGUCGAGCAUACGUUGGACUACUAUCCACCUCCAUGUGAACUGGAUAAGAUCGUGAAUGCCACUAUUGCUGCUUGCGAUCCUCUGGAUGGGAGAACAGACGGCGUCAUCUCUAGAACGGAUCUCUGUAAGCUCAACUUCAACCUGAGCUCAAUCAUCGGUGAACCCUACUACUGCGCGGCCGAGAGCAGCACGUCCCUUGGCUUCGGCUUCAGCAAGCGCGAUAUCAAAGGAGGAAAUCUGAACAAGCGUCAGGCCGCCGAAGGCAGCACGACCAGCUACCAACCAGCCCAGAACGGCACAGUUUCCGCGGAGGGAGUCGCUGUCGCCCAGACAAUUUACGACGGUCUCUUCAACUCCAAGGGCGAGCGAGCCUACCUCUCAUGGCAGAUCGGUUCCGAGCUCUCUGACGCUGACACUACCUGGAACAAUGACACAAAAUCAUGGGAGCUCAACAUCCCAUCCACCGGGGGCUCGUACGCGACCAAAUUCGUCGAAUUGCUCGAUCUCGACAACCUCUCGAACCUAGACAACGUCACAUACGACACUCUCGUCUCCUGGAUGGAAACCGGCAUGGUACGGUACCUCGACAGUCUCCAGACAACCAUACCUGAUCUCACAACCUUCCAAUCCUCCGGCGGAAAACUUCUUCAUUACCACGGAGAAUCCGACCCCAGUAUCCCCACCGCCUCCUCCGUGCACUACUGGCAAUCCGUCCGUUCGAUCAUGUACGGUAACCUCUCUGAGGAAGAGAGCCUCCAGGCCCUCGAGGAUUGGUACCAAUUCUACCUGGUCCCCGGCGCAGCCCACUGCGGGACCAACUCCCUGCAGCCUGGCCCAUACCCAGAGAACAACAUGGAGAUCAUGAUCGAUUGGGUCGAGAAUGGUGUGAAGCCAAGUCGUCUUAACGCGACUGUCUCCUCGGGUCCUUAUGCUGGCGAGACGCAGAUGUUGUGCCAGUGGCCGACUCGUCCGCUCUGGCACGGGAAUAGCUCGAGUUUUGACUGCGUCAACGAUCAGAAGUCUAUUGAAAGUUGGACUUAUAGUUUCCCCGCGUUCAAGGUCCCGGUCUACUAA